AUGCCUCUUCGCUCCGGCCGGAGAGGAAGAAAUUAUGCUUCGCCUAGAGUGUCCUUUGUGUCCCAACAGAAGGGGGCAGAUGCCUUCAAGCAUGCCUGCUUUCGGUUGGGAAGGCAGCCAAGCAAUGAAAUUCUGGCCGAUUUGCGUGACCAUGGGGCCUUGGUUCUAGAUGUGCAGCUCUGCCGCGAUUUGGAGCCGGUCUUGAUCUUCUUGAAGGAGGCUCCACUGGGCAUCCAUCAGGUGAUGCUCUACGAUGGCUCGUUGUUUUUUGGCGCGGAGAGUUCGUACCAGGAGAAGCUGCAAGCCACAACGCAUCGAAUGCCCCAGAGUAUGCUGAAAGACCAGGUGCAACUCUGGCGUAUGAUGCGGGCUUUAACCGCCUUCACCUCGCUUCGUGGCACGGGGUUAGCAGUACUCGAGCUUACGGGGCUUCCCAUCCACAGCGAUACUUCCUUACUGACCAAAACCUUGUCCCAAACGCCCUCGUUACAGCGAUUGCACUUGGAGGGAUGUGGGCUACAUGAUCGUGGUUUGGCACAGCUUCUGCCUCACUUGGGUCGACGCUUGGCCAAACUCUCGCAUCUGUCGCUGGCGCAGAACGCGCUGCGAGACUUGAGACUGGUGGCAAGGCUGCUCCAAGCACGGGCCAGUGCCCAGCAGAAACGCCAGGUGGUUCCUCUGAAUGUGCUGGAUCUUUCCAAGAAUCCUUGGUUGGGCGCUACGCGACGACCUGGUUUGGGCCGCGGUGCAAUGCGAUCCUGGCAGAGAAGAGAGCAGAGUGCCUUGCCAGUGAGUCGCGAAGACUUGCUACGGGUGAUCUGCUUGGCAUUCCGAAAUGGCUUGGUGGUCAAGAAGAUUCGACUCAGAAACAUGGGCUUGCGACGAGACGAUCUACGACCACUGCAGCAGUUGCUGAGGGCUGAGUUGGCGAAUCUUCAUGCUGGUUACGGGAGACUUCCAUUUCCCUUGGCCGAACUGAGCUUGGAAGGCAACCCCAUUGAGGCCCCGGUUCUGGCUGCCAUCACCAAUGCCCUACAGCAGCUCUCGCCGCAGCAGAGUUAUCUCAAGGCUUUCCGCAAAGGCGAGCGCUGGCACUCGCCACCACCUGGCGGCGUCACGGAACGAACGGGAGCCCUGCCCAGCGAUGGGAAGCUGCGGAGAACACAAUCCCAACCCAACCUGGAGGGGGCUGCUAGCCCAGACAUUUCGGAAAGAAAGGCGCUGAGUGAAGCGGACAUAGAGUCUGAGGGGAUAGAGUUGCCAGCCCGGGCUGAGACCAUCCAAGAGUUUCAAGAGGACUUGCAGAUUUUAUCUGCCUUCCUGGAAGCCUCCAAAGCGCGACGACCACAGCGUCCAAGCACAGCACCUGCGAGACGAAGCGAUCAGCGAGUUUCCAGCAGUGAAGAUUCUGGGGAUGUCAUUGCUGCUAUCCCUGACAUGGGAAUGGAGUUCGGUUUCGGCCCACCGGUGCUACAUGGUACAUAUUCUCAUACUGAUACCCCUGCUUCGGGGGAUGCCUCAGAAGCGACGGAGCGAGAACAUGAGACAGGUCUUGACUCGAUGCCAGAAGGCUCCCAACCAGUGGAUCAGUCGCAGCGUCUGCAGGCGAUGCUGCGGCAGUUGCAUCUGCUGGCGGCGGAGAGUCAACGUGUCGGGCAGGGGCCGCCCGUGGCACCGGUGCUGCGGAUGGCGCUGGAUGCGGUGAAUUCAGAGACCAGCUUUCAAGACGAGGCGCAGCUCCCGGCAUUUCACCAUGGCAGUGGCGAGGCUGGUGCUGUGCCGGGUGAGGGCGCGCUGGGUGCGCUGCGCCGGGCCCACUCCGUGUCGAAACCUGAUGCUAAGACUAAGAAGGUGUCUCCAGCUUGUCAUUCUCGAGGCGCUGCUCAUCCCUCCCCUGGAAAAAACAGCACAGAACUCCAGCUGCGACGCUUGAGCAAGGAACUCGCGGCAGAAGGCCAACGCUUUCGGCAACAAGGGAAGCUCUGCUUCGAGUUAGCCGUGAGGGCGGAAGCCUUGCAUUCAGAGGUUCGCGUACAGCAGCAACAAGCGGCACGAGAGCGGGAGGCCAAGCUGGUACGAGCAGCUGGUCGAUUGCAGAAGGCCAAGGUGAUCUAA